CUAACUUCAGCCAUGCUUCCCCCCACUUUCAUUUGUUCGUGACAUCUCGCGUGGCAGCCGGUUGCCGCGCGUGACAGUCGGACGGACCGUUGUGUUUCAUGUUGCUUCCUCCUCUCCGACGAACAGUUUCACUUUCCAUUCAGGACAACAACGCCGGGAAAACCCACAACUACAAGCUAGCCUCUUGUAGCUAGCCGACAGCUAACAGGAUAACAGCGUAACCGACCGGGCACAAAGCAGCGUCUAUGAGCGGAGUGCGUCCGCCUGGAUCAGAGGAUGUAUCCGCCCUCCAGAAAUGACUUCAUCUCUCUGACGCUCGGUGACUCCCGCAGUCACGCGUACAACAACGGCAAACACCGGAGGCAGUCGUGCUGGAGGAAAUGGAAGCGGCUGUCUCGGCUGCAGCGGAGCCUCGUCCUGCUGCUGCUGGCGCUGCUGCUCGUCUUCGGACUGCUCUCCUACCCCGGCGUCACAGCGCAGUGGAGAGGGUGGUCCGACAGGGACGACUGGCUGGAGCCGAACGACCGAGACCUGAAGGACCUCCCUCUAGACGUCCGGUCCAGAUUGGAUCAAGCUGCAGGUAGAGCUCCGCCUCCUGCGGCGGGGCCUCACGUGCCGCCAGCUGUGGAUCCAGAUGCAGGCGCCGUGGUGGAGCCAGAUGUGGGUGCGGGUGCUGAGGUGGAGCCCCGAGGACCAAACGUCCCCAUUUUCCCCAAACCUCCCACUAAGAUUAAGACUUUCCCGAUCAAGAGAGGUCCGCCGAGCCUGCGGAAAGAUGGAAACAUUUCAGACGCAGCCGGCGGGGAGAAGAAAGUGCAACAGGUUGUUCGAGAAGAAGGAGACGGGGGGGAAGAGGAGGACAAAGAAAAGAAGAUUGUCAGCUGGAGGGGAGCGUUGAUCGAAGCCGACACGGCAACAGAGCCACCGCCCUCGGCCAAUGGGAACGAAGCAGCGGCUCCCCCGGCCGACGCGGUGUCGCCGGAAGUUUCAAGUGGAACCGCGGACCGCCUGCAGGCCGUGUGUGACGCCUUCAGGCACGCCUGGAAAGGCUACAAGGCCUACGCCUGGGGCCACGACGAGCUCAAGCCCAUCUCCAGGUCCUUCGGGGAAUGGUUCGGACUGGGUUUAACGAUCGUUGACUCUUUGGACACGAUGUGGAUUUUGGGCCUAAAAGAAGAGUUCUCCGAAGCGAGGGACUGGGUGGAGAAGCAUCUCUCGUUCGACAGGAACGUGGACGUGAAUCUGUUCGAGACCACCAUCCGGGUCCUCGGCGGCCUGCUGAGCACCUUCCACCUGACGGGGGACCGGCUGUUCCUGGACAAAGCUAAAGAUCUGGGCUCUCGGUUGAUGCCGGCGUUCAAGACCCCCUCAAAGAUCCCGUUUUCAGACGUCAACAUCGGAAAUGGAAUCGCCCACCCCCCCCGGUGGACGUCGGACAGCACGCUGGCCGAGGUCACCAGCAUCCAGCUGGAAUUCCGAGAGCUGAGCCGCCUCACUCAGGACCCGCAGUACCAGGAGGUUGUGAACGAGGUCAUGAGGCUGGUCCACAAGCUGCCGGGCAAACAUGACGGCCUGGUGCCCAUGUUCAUCAACACCAACACCGGCCAGUUCACCCACAAGGGGGUCUACACCCUGGGGGCCCGGGCCGACAGCUACUACGAGUACCUGCUCAAGCAGUGGCUCCAGGGGGGCAAGACCGAAGACGACCUGUUGGAGGACUACCUCCAGGCUGUGGAGGGAGUGAAGAAACACCUGGUGAGGCAGACGGGCUCCGGCAAGCUGACCUUCGUGGGCGAGUUGUCCCACAGCCGCUUCAACCCCAAGAUGGACCACCUGGUGUGCUUCCUGCCCGGCACCUUGGCCCUGGGGGCCCACAACGGCCUCCCCGGGGACCACAUGGACCUGGCCGUGCAGCUGAUGGAGACGUGUCACCAGAUGAACAGGCAGAUGGAGACGGGCCUGAGCCCCGAGAUCGUCCACUUCAACCUGCAGGCCAGCGACGGCCAGGACGUCUACGUCAAGCUGGCGGACAGACACAACCUGCUGCGGCCGGAGACGGUGGAGAGUCUGUUCUACAUGUACAGGUUCACCAAGGACCCCAAGUACCGGGACUGGGGCUGGGAGAUCCUGACCAGCUUCAACAACUACACUAAAGUCCCCGGCGGCGGCUACACGUCCAUCAACAACGUCCGCGACCCCGUGAACCCCGGGCCGCGCGACAAGAUGGAGAGCUUCUUCCUGGGCGAGACGCUGAAGUACCUGUACCUGCUCUUCUCCGACGACGCGCCGCUGCUCGACCUCGACAAGUACGUGUUCAACACGGAGGCCCACGCGCUGCCCGUGUGGCCCGCCGCACCCACGCCGCGCCCACGCCGCGCCGCGACCACGCCGUGACCUCAUCACACGAGCGAGGGAAAAGACGGCGUCGGAGCAGACCCGGUCCACUUGUACUUUGACACGUUUCCAUAUGGGGGGGGGGGGUCUCACAGUUUUCCUAAUUUUUCCUAAGGAAAAGGUUUGUGAGAUGGAGCUGGUCUCUCAUGUAUAAAGCUUCUGACUCGCUGGAGACGGGGAAUAAGAAAAUGCCCAGAGGCCUUUGUGUGUGUGUGUGUGUGUGUGUGUGUUCCUGUGUGUGUGUGUGAUUUCAUCGCUGACUCUUCGCUGUGUGAGUUGAGCGUCCUCGUCGUCCUCACGUGGUCGGGUGUCAUGGCCGUGGGGGCGGAGUCUCACGCUGUUGGUUUAAAGGCUUUUCUUUGGCCUUUCAGAAUGACUUUUUGAACAAGUUAAUUCAUUAAUUCAUUAAGUUACGUUGUAGUUUGAAUCCCUCUUUUUGAGAUGGCAUAUUCCUGAGACCAGUUUCACUUCUGAGGCCAGUGCCUUGCUGAAAGGAAAAGGCAGCGCAUUGCGCAACUCUAAUGUCUUUGAAUGAAGUACAGGCGGUAGAGGAUACAGCGGUUACACAUGUACAACUUUAUCAAUGAUGCAUCUGAGCCUGUGUUGUUGUUGUUGUUGUUGUUGUUGUUUGGGUAUGUGAUGCUGCUCUCUGAUUGGUCCAGCUUCCAGGCUUUGAGCUCGAUGGAUUCUCGCUGCAUAUUUCCCAGACUCCUUGUUUUCUGCACGAUCGAGGAGUUCAGCCGGCUGCAGUCGUCUUCCUGGAGGUCGCCACGGUAACACGCUGGCGGGCCGUCCGAUUGGUCGUGAGUCAUGUGACGAGACGGCGGGGAAAAGGGCGUCGGGCCGUCAGUCUGUUGUUCAUGAUGUCAACACGGAGCGAGAAAAAACAACAAGCACACCGAGUUACAGCCUGCAGCUGUUUAGAGGCUGCAUCUCUCUCUCUCUCUCACUCUCUCUCCUCUCUCUCUCUCACACAACCUGUUUAGAGGCUGCAUCUCUCUCUGUCUCUCUCUCUCUCUCCCUCUGCCCCUCUCUCUCUCAUACAACCUCUUUAGAGGCUGCAUCUCUCUCUCUCUCUCUCCCUCUCUCCCCCUCUCCCUCUCUCUCUCAUACAACCUGUUUAGAGGCUGCAUCUCUCUCUCUCUCCCUCUCUCCCCCUCUCCCUCUCUCAUACAACCUGUUUAGAGGCUGCAUCUCUCUCUGUCGCCCUCUCUCUCUCCCCCUCUCUCUCUCACAACCUGUUUAGAGGCUGCAUCUCUCUCUCUCUCUCUCUCUCCCUCUCUCCCCCUCUCCCGCUCUCUCUCAUACAACCUGUUUAGAGGCUGCAUCUCUCUCUCUCUCCCCCUCUCUCCCUCUCUCUCUCUCCUCCCCUCUCUCCCUCACAACCUGUUUAGAGGCUGCAUCUCUCUCUGUCUCUCUCUCCCUCUCUCUCCCCCUCUCUCUCUCACAACCUGUUUAGAGGCUGCAUCUCUCUCUCUCUCCCUCUCUCGCCCUCUCUCUCCCCCUCUCUCUCUCACAACCUGUUUAGAGGCUGCAUCUCUCUCUCUCUCUCUUAUCUCUCUCUCUUACAGCCUGUUUAGGUGCUGCAUCUCUCUCUCUCCCUCUCUCGCCCUCUCUCUCCCCCUCUCUCUCUCACAACCUGUUUAGAGGCUGCAUCUCUCUCUCUCUCUCUCUCACAACCUGUUGAGAGGCUGCAUCUCUCUCUCUCGCCCUCUCUCUCCCCCUCUCUCUCUCACAACCUGUUUAGAGGCUGCAUCUCUCUCUCUCUCUCUCUUAUCUCUCUCUCUCUUACAGCCUGUUUAGGUGCUGCAUCUCUCUCUCUCACUCUCUCCCCCUCUCUCUCUCACAACCUGUUGAGAGGCUGCAUCUCUCUCUCUCGCUCUCUCUCACUCUCUCUCUCUCUCUCUGUCAGAUCCAGUUAGCCUUUCGUGGUGAAUCUUAUUGUCCAGUCAGACUCUUUUGUCACAACCACGUGAGAUGAAAAGACAACAACAACAACCUGGUCACAUGAGCCCAAAGUCCUCAGAGGUCUGUCGUAUGAACGGAGCUGCGUCCGUACCGACCUCUUCGUCAACGUAGGCGUUCUCUUCGUCGUUGAGGAGCGUUGGAUGCGUUCGGGGCCUCGUGCUUCUGAGGGAUUGUUGAACACGGCGUGGAGCGUCGGGGUCGUUUGCCGCGUUGCUAUGCCGACGAAUAGAGUCUAAAAAAGGUUGCCGUGAUUCCUUGGUUCCCUUCAUGAGCUCCUCACUGAAGCCCUGUGAACUGUGUGUUUGUUGUUGUUGUUGUUUCAGUGCUACGAGUCUCUGGUUUCUACUCUUCCUCUGGUGACGACCCUGUGGGUGUAAAUAUGUUUUGUUUAAAUUGUGUCUGAAUCGACCGGAUUAUUGUUCUUCUGGUUCGAUGUUCCACGCCGUCGUGUUUCUUCUUCUUCUUCUUCUUCUUCUUCUUCACGCGCUCCUACUUCACUUGUUCGCUGCGAUUAAAUCUCCUAAUCAGGAAACUUAACACGAGUCUUACGUGACACUGACAGCUGAGCUCGUUUACUUAAUGCUUUAUUUAAAUCAUGAUGUAUUCCUGGACAUUGAUGUUCCUCUUAAUAAGUUUAGAGUGUUUUUGUGACCUGGGGGGAGGAGUUACGUCAUCAGGCGUUACCGCUGGAGACGCUUUGACUCAAAUAGUCUGCUGCCGCCAUGUUGACGGAGGAAGUCCAAAAAGCCAUCCCGUCACAUGAUCACCUGGUCAACUGGUCACAUGAUCGCCUGAUCACAUGGUCACCUGGUCACAUGGUCACCUGAUCACCUGUGCAGCCAAACUGAGUUCCGAAACAAUUAUAGUUUAUUUUGAAGAAUAAAAUGUAAACAAGACCAAAAACAACAACAAUGAGUCAGACUGUUCCUACUUUAAUACUUUAAUACUCUAAUCCUUCCCCAGCCUCCCUAAGACCCUCGGCCCCGAGGCCAUUCAUUGGUUACUCCAAAAUUAUAAAAAUAGAAUAUGCAGUUUGUUUACUUCUUUUUCUUUCAUUAUUUCAAGGGGUCAUUGUUAUAAUUUGCUGGUCACUGUAGCGUCUACCAAACAUCAAAGGGGAGGAGCAGGUUUGUGGGUGUUUUCAGCAGCGGAUUAAAACAACGAGUUCUUCAUCGUGAACAACAAUGGACUUCUAUUGUGUUUCUGCUCCUGUGUGUGUGUGUUUGUGUUUGUUUUAUAUAUUUGUAAUGGCACAGACACACACCUGAGACGUGUGCCAUGUUCUGUAUCCACGGAGGGAUGGAGACCCAUGAAGGACGCAAUGAGGAGACGGGUAUCGACUCCUCAGCUCUCACUGAAGAGAUUCAUGACGUUUGAUAUUCUCAUUAUGUUCUUCCACUGGAAAGAAGUUGGUCUCGUCUAAUCCCUUUUCUUCUUCUUUUUUUACAUUUAAAAUUGAUUCUUGAGAUUGUUUUCGCAAUCGUCUCUGAAUUUGAAGGUUCUGUGAAACGAACGAGGGCGUCGUCGGCUUUUGUAGCAUUUUGUCCUUUUCUUCUCUGAUUGGCUGAAUCGUCCACGUGUGACGAUGAUUGGUGAUAUAAUGUGAUUACUGUUCAAUCCAAGCUAUAGCGAAAUGACAACUCUACUAUUUUACAUGGACGACAAAAACAUCAGAGAGCCGGAGACACGGAUCAAUACUGUGUUCAAUGGAUCGAGUCAUAACAGAAGACAACCUCAAAAAAAACACACAUGGCCUGCAAAUCAAUAACUCAUCUGCAUAUUUUGAUGAUGCAACAUUUAUUUGAAUUAAGGUCAACAUCUGUUUCCCCUUUUUGUAAAUACAGUGUUUAAAAAAAACUAUAUACAUAUAUAAUUGUUUUAAUAUAUAUAUAUGUGUGUUAAUAUGUGUAUAUAUAUUAAAACAAUAUAUAUAUAGAUAUAAAUUGUGUACAUGUACCAUUUGUAUAUAUUUUUUUGUUUAUUUUAAUAUGUACUAUUUUAAUAUAUAUAUAUAUAUUGUUUUUAUAUAAAUACUAUAUAUAUAUAUUAACAACAAUACAUAUAAAUAUAUAGAAAAACUGUAUAUAUAUAUAGUAUGUAUAUAUAUUAUUAUAAUAUAUAUAUAUUAAUAGUAUAUAUGUCAUGUUGUACUUUUUAUUGAGCUGUCAUUGAAUCCUGGCUCACUGUACAGACUGAUGGAGCACUUUGUAAUUGAAGUUGAGGUUAUUGAAAUGUUUUCUAAAUUCAAACGUCCUACCUUCUAACUACACUUUAUGAAUAAACCUUUUCAAUUAAU